AUGAGUAAUUCUAGACAUCAGUCACUGUUCUUCAUCACGCUUCCAGAUUUACACAAACUCUGUGCUGUUAGGAUGAUAUUGAAUAACACUGUAGCAGACAAUGAGAUUAGGAGUAAACAAAUGAAGAUAUGCAGGGAACUGCUGUUUCGGCACCAAGAUAUUCUUGCCUCACCUGUGCCUGGAAUUUUGCAUCAGAUUUGGGUGGUGAUGGCGAUACAAUUUUAUAAAACUGGAAAACUUAACACCUGUAUUGAAAAAUAUGAAAUUAAGGUGGAAGGUCCAGAAAGAGUAAUUCCUGUAAUUCUUCAGAAUUGCCUCUCAUACUCACUCACAGUGAGACUUGCCCCAGCCUGGAAUCAAACUGGUCAUCUCCUGGUGCAAGGAAGAGAUUUUCUUUCUCAGAUGGGAAAGCAAAGUGCUGUUGUAUUGAACAUCAGUGUAACAGAAACACAAGUUUGUCUCAGCAUAGAGGCCUGCACAAUUAGAAUGCCACCACCGGAGCUGAGAGAAUUUGAUAUUCCUGAGAGUGUUAUCAAGAAGUUUGAAGCUAACAAGAAUGCCAUCAUUGACAGUCAUACCAUCUUAAGCAACUGGUGCUACGUGUUGCCAAGCAUGAAAAUGGGACAGAUAAUAAAUAUACUUCACACCACGCCCCCUGACUGCCCUUUCCACUCGUAUAGAGACUUCCAGAAACACUGGAAUGACCUGUAUGGCUAUAAACUUCCAGAAGAUUGUGGGACUAUGAAAAUAUACUGCAGCAUCUACUUCAGAAUGAUAGGAGAAAGAAUCUUCACAUACCCUCUCAGUUGCAUCAGAAGCCAGCCCAUACAGUUUUUUCCCAGAGUGGAUUUGGAAAGUGUGUUGAAAAGUUUUCUUAUGGAUCUGAAAUCUAAACUCCCCCACAUAUGUGGAUUUUCCAUAAAGAUGACAAAUAAGCCAUGCUACUACACACAGGAACUCACUACACCCUCUUUACAGGGAAGCAAAAUCAAGCCAUCCAAUUUGACCACUAAAAAACCUCUCAGGGCUCCUCUGAUCCAAGCCACUUCCAGGAAACCUGUGGCCCAAAGUCUCCUACCUCAUUCAUUAGCAAUGGACCACAAGGUGGCGCUCUCCGUCAGCCAGUCAAAGCCGCACAUCCUCCUGGCUCCACAUCUGCAGCCAGGGUCUGUUCAGAGCAGACAGAUGUUGCUCUCCAACCAGACACCACAGAUGUGUCUGGACAUAACAAAGCCCAACAGAAGACACACUCAAGUUCAAGACACACAUCCUAGAUGCCAAAGUGGAAGUACCCCUAAACUCAUACCCACUUUCACAAGUCGAUUGGCCCAGAUGAACAAAAACAACUUGGAAGCUGGCAGUCUGAAAAGAAAGCAGUACAUUGUUACAGAAUCCAAGUUGUUUUCACCGACUACUAGUGUGUUCCAGAGUGGCACACUCAAUCUCGGUUCGUCUGUAAAGAAAAGAUCUCAUAGUCACAUCCACGUGCAUGCUGAAAACAGGCCAACAAAAAACACCCAGCCCUGCACAAAACCAACCAAAUAUCCUUCUCCUAGUGGAAAACCACUGAUUAAAAAUGCAAAAGAAAGUAAACAGCGGUCUGAUAGUUCAGUAUUUCAGGUGCCAGGUACCAGUUCAAGUGCAGUUAGAAGUACUGUCCACAUGAACAGGAAAGAAAAUGUAGCAAGUCAAUAUCUAACACAGAUCCUAGGGAAAGGCCAUGGGUCAGUAAAAAUGAAAAGACAACCACACAUUUUUGGAUCAGAUACAGAAACUGAAGAUCACCAACUACUUCAGCAACAACCAAUAAAUCAGAAUAAAGAAAUUGAUGCAAGUGUCCACAGAUCAAUAUUGAGCCAGACAGCCCACAGAUCUAAAAGAAAGUUAUGUCAAGAACCUUCAAGAACUUCAAACAAGCAGCCUUCUAACUCAGGCAUUCGUUUUGGACAAACCAGUUCGACUUGGAGUCAGUGGGGACAGUCUUCAAGCAGAGCCCAUCCGACCGACCGAGACAGGACAGGACCGAGAGACACUCACAGCUGGCCAGGUCGGAAGGAGUUGCACACUUCAAAAGAUCCUAAUGGCAUCUUAGUCUCAUCCUUAGGACAAAUGCAGGAGACAGCCGCCCAUGACCGCCUCCCAGAGGUGAGCACCGGGAAGGCCGGGGUGAGCUAG